GUCCGACUGUUUCCUGUCCACCUCGAGAGUUACAGUGAAAAGCGUUCGCUUAAAAGGCUUGAGCGAGACAAUGGACCUGGUGGUUCGUGCAUGUGUCGAAGCCGACGAAGCGUCGGUGGAAUUGCUGCCUGCACCUGAGGCAAGCACGCGUCGCCAAUUGUUUGGCCUCACCCAUGCCGGCGCGUUGAUCGAGACGUCGCAAGUCACGCUUUGUGCCGAGAUCAAGGACACCACGCCGGCUAGUUCGACGGAAGAAAAUGUCGCUACAAGUCAAGCAACACUCGCUGGUUUCGCGUCGUUCGAUGACCAGAUCCCUGCAGCUCUGGCGCGUUGGCCCGAAGUCCGUGACUAUCUAAAGAAGAGGCUUCGAUUCGGCAAACCUCGUGGAUGUCUACUGCUCCUGGCGUUCCGGUACGACGCGGCAGUCGCUAGUGAACGCAAGGUACUAACGGCUCUACUGCAUCAAUUGUUUAUAACGCGACCGGAACUUGGUGGAGUCGUCCUUGCAGUGCACGUGGGUGUGGACUUGGAGGAGCUGGGCGUGUUGGCGCAGACGUUCUCGUGCUACGAAGCCGUGGGGCUCAGUACUGGUGGCCUACUCAUGUUCUACCGUGCCGUUCGCACAGACUACACUCCCAGUGUCUUCAUACGUCAGCCUCUUUGUACCGAGACUGAGAUCGACCAGCUUCAGACGAUGGUGAAGAAGAACGAAGAGACCAAACGCAACACGUGGUUCGACGCUGCUACGGACCCCACUCGAGUCUUGUCCAACCAAGACGAACACCGAGCGUGCUUCUUAGCGCAGUGUGUGGACACUCAACAACCGUGUGGUGUAUUGGCGUGUACAGACUCCAUCGACACAGACCAAGCGGAUGCGUACGCUCGUCUCUUCUCAGCCAUGUAUCGCCAGGCGAAUGCAAUGCCCGACGAGGCUGCAAAGACGUCGAUCGCCCCCACGCCACCUUCCCCCACUGCUGAGACGAGACAUUUGACUCGGACUUGUGGUGGACCACCCAACCUCAUCGUCCUGGGCCCCACGGGAGCUGGCAAGAGCACUCAAAGCACGAGGUUGGCUCGAGAGUUUGGUGUGGUGUACAUCUGCACUGGAGACUUAUUGCGGCAAGCAGCGAGUGACCCCAAGUACACUGACGUGAGCCGGUUCCUAGUCGCCGGAGACCUCGUUCCAGACGCCAUCGUCAAAGAAAUCGUACUGCAUCGUCUUAGUCAAUUAGACUGCAAGACUCGAGGCUGGUUAGUGGAGGGGUAUCCUCGCACAGAGACUCAGGCGCGAGUUCUAUUGAGUCAAGGUUACAAACCCGAUGUUGUAGCCAUUCUGGAACUCUCCGAUGACGACGCGAGUCAGCGAGACGUCGGAGGCAGCAGUGACGCCCCCGUCGGUCGACGACUCGCAGUGUAUCGAGAGCACCGGGAGGCAGUUCAGCAGACCUUCGUCAAGAUGUCCACUGUGGUCCACGUCGACGCUGCGAAAUCUCGUGACGCGACGACAAAGAAACUGGUGCUGGAGAUCCAUCGAGCGCGAGGGUCUCGAGGGCCCUUUCGAGCUCGAAACCCGCCACAGUUGAUCAUCACGGGGCCUCCAGCCAGUGGCAAAGGCACGCAAUGUGAACUCCUCGUACGUGCCUUGGACGUCGUGCACUUGUCUACGGGCGAGAUGCUUCGUCAGGCGGUUCGCGACAGCACUUCACUGGGUCAACAAGCGCAAGGAUACAUGGACAAUGGCCAGCUGGUUCCUGAUGAGCUCAUUGUGGGUGUCGUGCUGGAGCGGCUGGCUCAACCAGACUGCAAGUCCCGUGGCUGGCUGCUGGACGGCUUCCCACGCACAGAAGCUCAAGCGCUCGCGCUGCUGGCUGCACGGAUCGCUCCGGACUGUGUGCUGGCACUGGACGUGGCAGACGACCAAGUGGUCAAGCGCAUCGCUGGUCGACGUCUCGACCCCGAGACUGGCAAAACGUACCACAUGGAGCUCAACCCUCCGCCCUCGGACGUGGCUGCUCGUGUGAUUCAACGCAGCGAUGACACAGAGGAGACGGUGCGUACUCGACUGCAGCAAUAUUAUGCGCACAGUGAGGCUGUCGUGUCGACAUUAAGCGGCGUGUGUGAGCUGAUCCAAGCGGACGGAACGCGCUCCGUCGACCAGGUAGCAGAGCAGCUGCUGGGUGGGGCGGAGCGCUGCCUGCUACGCAACAAUGCGGCCAUCAUCUCGCUCUUCAGCAUGAACUCAAUGUACCAAACGCGUGCGUCACUGUUCCUGGCAAAUGUUUUUGAACACUUCAAGGACAAAGAUUGCGUCUUGCUGUGUCUACCCGAGAGCUGCAACAGACCUGUCAUUACCAGCGGCUUCCGGUCUGUGUGUGGCGAUCCGUCCGUCUCGACUGUUGCUCGUUUGAAGCAGCAAGACGAGGACAACGCGGCUACUACUACCGAGACCAAGCACCACAAGCACGACACGCACAAGCUCUCGGUGUUGUAUGCUUUCCAUCGUGAUGAGGUUGGGUGUCAAGGGCUUCGGUCUCAGGGUGAAGUCCUGGACGCACAAGUGCUUCGAGUUGCUGGGCUUUGGCUGCAAAAAGGACAAGAAAGUCAAGUGUCAACGAGCGAAUGA